UCAGGGUUCGGGCCGUUCGGGGAGCACACGGUCAACGCCAGCUGGGUGGCGGUGCAGGAGUUGAAGAAGUUGGGUCUGGGCUCGGGCGUGGACCUUCACGUGUACGAGGUUCCUGUGGAGUAUCACACGGUGCAGACUCUGGUGCCGGCUCUGUGGGAGCAGUACCACCCUCUGUCUCGUCCGUCGAUGUCGAUGUCGAUGUCGUCGAUGUCGAUGGCGGCAGAGGAGGAGGAGGCUCGGUCUCGGUUCAUUAUCGGGUUUUUGCGUUUGCGUGAGCUCGGCGUUGACCUUUGA